AUUUCCACUUCUUCCCACCAACCAACUUUUAUCAUCAUCCAAACAACAUUCAUUCCCAUAACCCUUAUACAUUACUAUAAAUUAGAGAACAUGAUUUUUCUGUUUCAUCAAUUCUCACAUACAAAUACUGUCCAAUGGCUGUUAAUUAUGUGAUCACUUUUUUAAUAUGUACAUCUUUUAUGGUAGCUUUUGCUGGCAACUUAUACCAAGAUGUUGGUAUCACUUGGGGAGAUGGAAGAGGUAAGAUUCUGAACAAUGGUCAGCUUCUUACUUUGUCUCUAGAUAGAACUUCUGGCUCUGGCUUUCAAUCCAAUAAUCAAUAUCUUUAUGGUAAGAUUGACAUGCAAAUCAAACUUGUACCUGGAAAUUCAGCUGGCACUGUCACAGCUUAUUAUUUACGUUCAGAAGGUUUAUCUUGGGAUGAAUUAGACUUUGAAUUCUUGGGAAAUUUAAGUGGUGAUCCUUAUGUAGUUCAUACCAAUGUGUAUACUCAAGGUAAAGGUGACAGAGAGCAACAGUUUUAUCUAUGGUUUGAUCCAACUGCUGAUUUUCAUACAUAUUCCUUUCUUUGGAAUCCUGCACAUGCUGUAUUUUACAUUGAUGGAAGACCAAUUAGGGAAUUCAAGAACUUAGAGAGUGAAGGUGUUCCAUAUCCAAAGAACCAACCAAUGAGAUUGUAUUCAAGUCUGUGGAAUGCUGAUGAUUGGGCAACAAGAGGUGGUCUUGUCAAAACAGAUUGGACACAAGCUCCAUUUAUUGCUUCUUUUAGAAACUUCAAAGCUAGUGGUUGUGUUUGGUCCAAUGGAGUUUCUUCAUGCAAAUCCAACUCUUCUUCUGAUGAUAAUGCUUGGUUAUCUCAACAACUUGAUUUUACAAACCAGAAGAAACUAAGAUGGGUGCAGAAGAAUUACAUGAUAUAUAAUUAUUGCAAUGAUGUUAAACGAUUUCCUCGGGGUCUCCCUGUGGAAUGCACUGUUCGUACCAAGUAAUAAGAGGAAUACAUCUUUUACUAGUUUAUUAUUCUAUUACCAUGUAACAUAUGUAUUAUUUUUUGUCUAUGUUAUUUGAAUUACUAUUAUGUAACACACUUAUGUAAAGAAAUUUUUAUCAUUUACUAAAUCAUAUUCUACUA